AUGAUUGUGGAGGCAUUGCUGGAUCUUGGGGAUGGUGAAACCGGCGAAGGUACGGCACCGAAAGACGUUUUCACGUGGAUGGCGUCAAAGUACCCCCUACAAACCAACUUUCGACCGAGUGCGAGCCAGGCACUGCAGAAGGCAUACAAGCGAGGUCGGUUGGAGAAGCUACCUGGGGGUAAAUACCGACUGAAUGCAACGUGGGAAGGUGGCGCGACCUCCAAGCGCACUACACGGCGGCCUCAGACAUUAGCGCAGACGACAUACGCAAUCCAUCACUCGUCCCAGGCCUCUUCUCCCUUUACACAUGCUCCGCUUCAGCCUCCCCAAGGACAGCAGUCGCAACCUCCACAACAGCAACCCAAUGGCUACCCGUUCCCAUAUCCUUAUGCUCACUACCCAGGCUAUCCUCCACCUGCUGGGAACAGGUCGGACCAAAAGACAACAGCUACCGCACAGGUCGCAAAGUUAGGAGACGGAAAGGCCACCGACAGCGCCGAAAACAACGAUGCCUGGGAAGCCGCCCAGCAUAUCUUCCAGGCAAUAAACUUCGGCGACCUGGCGACCCGCGCUGCUCCCGAGGACGCAGCGGAAGACCUCACCGCCGUUCUCACAGCGCUGGCCAACGCAGCCGCCGCGGCGGAACAGCAGCAGCAGCAGUCGCGCUCGACGCUCUCCGACGACGAGCGCGCGGCGCUGCAGGCACAGCUCGCGCUCCUCGCCGCCCAGUUGACCGAGAUCGCGGACUCGGAGGAGGAAGACCCCCCGCCGCCACCGCCAACCGUGACUCAGGCUCCUUCGGACCCGCACGUGUCGCCAGCUCAGCCCCUCGCCGCAAGGCCAGAGCUUGAAACAGCAGUGACUUCUGUACCACCCCCAGCGUCGGGACCGACGCCAGCCUCCACCGCACCUGCUCCGACGGACUCCGAGAUGGAGCAGGCGGCUCCGUCGUCCGCUCCUCGCGCACCACCGCCGAAACCAGUCCCGCAAGCGCACCCGCCGCCUAUCGCGGCCUACCCUGGGACACAUAUCAUGUUGGACAUCAAUGCCUUUCCGGAGAUAUUUCCGCCGAGCGCGCCCUUGCAUGGGACGCCCAACGGAGCGCAGGCCGAGGCCGAGGCGGAUGGGGAGGGCGAGAGCGAUGAGGACGAGGACAUGGAGGACGUCGUCGUGCCACCUUUGGCCGCGGACGCGCUACGGACAUGA